CUCCCCGCUUCUAACGGUCCUCUUCCUCGGUGGUCUUUGUUUGUGCAGUCAGCAUUACUCACCCUCCGACCGACAGCACAGGACUAUACUCUGACGGAGAAUCAUGUUGCUGCAGACACUGUUUGUUUGGAUCCUCUCAGUCCUGUGUGCCACAGAUGUGUGUUUGGCAUCCGCCUAUGGUCGGCCCAAACGUUCGGAAGUGAACGGAUCUUCGGCCAGGACAGAGUCUCGCUCUGUGUCUCAGUACGUUCCAACCUCUGGCUCCUGCAGGAACAGGUGUUUUGAGCUAGCUGAGCUGGAACCACCAAACUGUCGCUGCGACAACCUGUGUAAGACUUACAACAGCUGCUGCUCUGACUUUGACCACCUCUGCCUAAGGACAGAGGGGGGCUAUGAGUGCACAAAGGAUCGGUGUGGGGAGACUCGAAAUGAACAGCGUGCUUGCCACUGCUCUGCUGACUGUCUGGUCAGAGGAGACUGCUGUACCAACUACAAGACACUGUGUAAAGGAGACACUUCAUGGCUGCAGGAUGAGUGUGAGGAGAUGAAUACCUCUGAAUGUCCAGCUGGGUUUGUGCGUCCACCACUCAUCGUGCUAUUACUGGAUGGGUUUAGAGCAUCUUACACGAAGAGGGGAAAUACUGUCAUACCCAACAUAGAGAAGCUCAGAAAGUGUGGAACCCAUGCACCAUACAUGAGACCUGUUUAUCCCACCAAUACUUUUCCCAACCUCUACUCCCUGGCUACGGGCCUUUAUCCAGAGUCUCACGGUAUAGUUGACAACUCCAUGUAUGACCCAGUGUUUGAUACCACCUUCACCGUGAGAAGCCAAGAGAAACUCAAUCAUCGCUGGUGGGGAGGACAGCCAAUCUGGAUCACAGCACUCAAACAGGGAGUGAAGGCUGCCACAUUCUUCUGGCCUGUCACUAUUCCAUUAGAGAGAAGGAUACUGACCAUACUGCAGUGGCUCCAUCUCCCUGAAGGAGAGAGGCCCUAUGUUUACGCCAUGCACUCUGAACAACCAGACACAGAUGGACACAAAAUGGGGCCCAUGAACACAGACCUGAACAACCCUCUGAGGAUGAUUGACAGAAUCAUUGGCCAACUGAUGAACGGACUUAAACAGAUGAAACUGCACCGCUGUGUCAACAUCAUCCUGGUGGGGGAUCACGGUAUGGAGGAGGCCCACUGUGAUCGCACUGAGUUCCUCAGUAACUACAUGGCCAGCGUUAAUGACAUCAUCCUCAUACCUGGGUCCCUAGGCAGAAUACGCUCCAGAUACCCCAACAACCUCAAAUAUGACCCCAAGGCUGUUGUUGCAAAUUUAACAUGUAAGAAAGCAGACCAGCACUUUAAGCCAUACUUGAAGCAGCACCUGCCUAAAAGGCUGCACUACGCUAACAACAGACGCAUUGAAGAAAUCCACCUGCUGGUGGAGAGGAAGUGGCACAUUGACAGGAAGGUUCCUGAAGGUAAGAGGCACUGUGGCUUCUCUGGUGACCAUGGAUAUGACAAUAAGAUCAACAGCAUGCAGACAAUUUUUUUGGGAUAUGGACCUACAUUUAAAUUCAAGACUAAAGUUCCAGCCUUUGAAAUCUUUGAGCUGUAUAAUGUCAUGUGUGAUCUUCUGGGUCUGAAACCAGCCCCCAAUAAUGGAACCCACGGCAGUCUGAACCACCUGCUGAGAAGUCCCCCCUAUAGACCUACCAUGCCAGAGGAGGUGUCCAGGCCAGCAGCCUCUGCUCUUGUUCCUGCAGGGUCAGAUGACCUGGGCUGCAGCUGUGACGACAAGAACAAAGUGGAGGAGCUAAACCAGCGACUGAGGCAAGCUAUUGAUGACAGCAGAAACCUGCCGUUUGGUCGACCUGCUGUACUCUUCCGUACCAAGUACUCCAUCCUCCACCACAGUGACUACAUCAGUGGCUACAGUGAGGCUCUAUCUAUGCCCCUCUGGACGUCGUACACCGUAGGCAGACGGGUAGAACUAUCUCCUCUGCCUGAAGCUCUGUCCAACUGUGUCAGACCUGAUACCAGAGUCCCUCCAGCCCACAGCCAGUCAUGUACCAACUACAGAGCAGACAAACAGAUCACCUACGCUUUCCUGUACCCACCACAAUUAUCCUCAACCACAGACAAAAAAUAUGAUGCUGUCCUCAUCACCAACACUGUCCCCAUGUAUCCUGCAUUCAAGAGAAUAUGGGGCUACUUCCAGAGAGCCCUGGUAAAGAAAUAUGCCACUGAGAGAAAUGGAGUGAAUGUACUCACUGGACCCAUAUUUGACUAUGACUAUGAUGGUGUCAGGGACUCAGCUGAGAAGAUUAAAGAGUAUGCCAGUGGGACGGUACCCAUUCCCACACACUACUUUGUGGUGCUGACCAGCUGUUUAGACUUCACUCAGGCUGCAGACUCGUGCAGUGGCCCGCUAAGCAGCGCUGCAUUCAUCCUGCCGCACAGACCCAGCAAUGACGAGACCUGCAAUAGCUCAGAGGAGGAGUCUCGCUGGGUGGAAGACCUCAUGAAGAUGCACACAGCUCGGGUCAGAGACAUGGAGAUCCUGACAGGCCUGGACCUGUACCGCAGAACCACCCGGAGUUAUGCUGAAAUCCUCUCACUCAAAACCUACAUGCAUACCUACGAGAGCGAGAUCUGAUCUCCUUUGCUCUGUUAAUAUAAAUCUUCCUGAUCUUUUUAACCAUGGUGGAUGUAUAACAUGUGGUACAAGGAAGAGACGUGGUCAUCUCUCUCUUACACUGACCUACACCAGCUUUAGCUCUCACUGGAUGUUACAGCUGUCAUGUUCUGGCCGUUUCACUGAGCAUUAGGGUUAAUCUUGUUUAUUUGAUUUGGCUAUUAAGAUACAGCUUGAACACCACUGAGCUACUAGCUCACACACCAACUCAAUUAAAUUACAGUUCGAAUUCAAUUAAACAACAUCAAACUGAAAGAAACCUGCCAUAUUAUUCUGGCAUUCUAAAAAGUGUUUAGUUUGUCCAGGCCUACCAGACAUGGGCCCAGGCACCCAAGAGGUUAGGGGGGGGUGUCCAAAUAAAGCGAAUGUUAAUAUUUCUUGGCUGAAUGUCACAGAGCUCAGUUAAAAGACUGUAACUAUAUGCAGAAUGACCUGAAACAGACUCAAAAUGACCACAAAGAGAUGCAAAACCAUCCCAAAGAGACCCAACACAACUGCAAAGAAAUAACAAAAAAAGAACAUAAAAACAUGCAAAGAGACUGCAAAGAGACAUAACUAUCAAAAUGAGAUGCAAAACUACAAAAAAAAAUAAAAAUAAAUUUUUUAAAAAAGCUGACGGUUCUGUGUUGGGGGUCUGGGGGACAGUUUACCUCUCUGUGCACCUAAUCCAGCCAUGGUCUACAGUACAUAUACUAUAUGUAGACAUGGUUGAUAUUUUUUCUCAAAUAUUUAAUUUUACAUCUACUAGCACUUUUACAAAACUUCACCAUCAAGUCACUCACAUAUACUGCAGAUGUUCCCUUGAUGAUAUUUGUUUUAAAGAAAUUGUAUAGUAGCCCACAUAAAAAAUAAAAUUUUCAUACAUGUGAAAAAGCUAUUACAUUUUAAAGAUAUAAAAUUGUAUUUGAUUGCACUACAAAGAUUACAACAAUAACAAAUUCAGUGAACAUAUAUGAUCCUGACCCACUUGCUUCACUUUGCCAUUAAGUUUACUUAGUACACUAUUUCUUGAACAGUUUCUCACUAUGUUCAGUUUACAAAGAAAUGGCCUUUAUUUUUUGACAUGGAAUUAAAAUGCAGUAUGUUUGUGUGUACAGAGUGUGUAUGCUGACUUUGACAUAUUUUCUGUUUGUGUAUGUUGCGAUGUUUAAUUUUGUUCAGUGCACAUUCCAUCAAACAUGUAAGUGAUAAUAUUUUUAUUGUUUUCCCUAAAACAUUUACCACCUGUGAGA